AGCAGCUCGUUAAAGCUGGGUAAUCGUAUUUUAUUGUGUACCGCCUCGGCUGGCCAGGUAAAAGGUUUGCGUGUGGAGUUUUAUUUCGUCGGGACAUUUUCUAUUCACAAAGAAAUAGCGUCGCCAUCUGCUCUAACGAUUUCUUUCUUGACUUGAGGAAUAUGUUGCAAGUGGCACUAAUGACUUCGCCACCUCUACGAAAUGUGUUAAAAUUGGAUUUGCAUUGUUAUUCAAUGAAAGUUUAAUGCCCAAAGCUUUUUGAACUACUGCCUUUACAGCCAAACUCGGUUUAUAAAAGAUCAGCAGGCGCGAUAACAACAAGCUAUCGAAGAUUGUUGUUGCAUGAAGGCGUCGUCGAUUGAAGUUGAGUGGAUCUUUGCAAUUACAAGCGAGAUACAUUGGAUCCAUACGCGGACUGAAAGAUGCUAUGAAAUUGAUAUCAUUAAAUACUGCGCGCAGAGUCUCGUAAAGUCACUUGCCGAAAGAACAGCCAUCGAACAGGAUUCUGAGAAGAGUCUGGAAAAAUUUUGACAAAGUUUCAAUAAUCAAGAGGAUCAAGCUAAAAUAAAAUCGUAUCAGUAGAACAUGGAGUUUGGAGGUAACAAUAGCACGUUGAUUGGACUCCAUUUGUUUUCAUCUCGAAGUUCACCUGUUCAAGAAGUCCUAGCUGUGAAAAUCAUUAAAUUUGUUUUGUACGCUUUGGUAUUUAUUAUCGGCUUCGGUGGCAACUCCAUUGUCAUUUGGAUAAUGUUCAAAAAGAAGAAAGCCAGAACAUUUCAUAACAUCCUGCUCUGCAAUUUGGCCGCAGCGGACAUUGCCUUGCUGUCCAUAAACCUGCCAUUUCGCUUGGCCUACCAGGAAAAUGAUUACGUUUGGCCGUUCGGACAAUUUCUUUGCAAGGUCAUUCCCAUGUUCACAUAUCUCUUUCUUACCGCGUCUUCGCUGACGCUGGUGGCGAUAUCGUUCGAACGAUACCGAACAAUACGAUCGGUAAAGGUCAUUAGCGAGGUGGUGAGCACGCCUCGAAAACUACAAGUCGUUCUCCUCUGGGUUGUAUCAUGUGUUAUAACCCUGCCGUUGAAUAUUUUCCUGAACGUAGUUCAUCACAAAGGAAGACCGGUGUGUACGGACGUCUGGCCAUCGGAGACGCUGGAGAAGGCGUAUUUCACGGGGUUGUUUAUAAUACAGUUUUUGUUACCGACUAUUGUGAUGGUCGUGUUAUAUAUUAAGGUGGGGAUGAUACUGAGGGCAACUCGCUUCAAGCUAAGACGUCUAGGACUGUUGCAAAAUAGGAACAGACAUAAAAAGACCAUAAGAAUGAUCUGUAUUAUUGUGAUAGUCUACAUAGCCCUGACUCUACCUUAUCACAUCACCUGGCAAAUGAGUACGUACGGCAUUAAAAACGCUCUCGCAAAGAAAUUCUCGGUACUCGUUCUUACCGCGACAAGUGCGUCCCAUCCUAUAAUCUACGGAGCGCUUCAUCAAGAGUUUGCGCAGGGCUUCAAAGCUUUUCUUCGCUGUUCAAAGAAAGCAAGGACAGACUUUACAUCCGCGAGUUUUCGAAAGUUAUCAUUAACGGAGAAAUUUGAACUGGUUAGUAAUAGAAAAAUCGAUUCUCUCCAAGAGGAUUCGUCAUCGAUUGAACGGGUUCAGAUUAUUACGGUUUUGUGAAUCAUGUGAGUGUACAUUCAAAAUAUUUAUGUUCCAGAAUACGGAAAGGUUAUAGCGUCUAAUUCAAGUUCAUCAUAGCGAGGGUUGAAAGGCGAUGGUUAAUGGCGAAUUAAUACGAGCAGUGAAAUUGCACAAACACUGCAACAAAAUCUGAUUUCAAAGCAUGCGCAUGUUAAUUGGAAACAGUGAAAUAAGGGCUGCAAUAUUCGUUAUAGAUCUAUUACUGUAGUAAUAAUUUUUCGGCAUCCUAAAUCGAAAACAAAGAAAUAUUUAAAAAUGUAUUUAAACACGCAAAACCUAUUAUAGCUGCCUUAAGAUGAGUAGAACUUGUAUGCAGAUUAACUCAUCUCAAGUCACAUGGUCUGAAAUGGUUAAGUUUUAUUGGCUAUUUCAUGGUCACAACAUCUGAAAUGGGUUAAUUUGCAUGCAAGCUGAAAAGGUCUAUUGAAGGAUCCUGAAUGCCUUUUAACUCUUAGCUGAUUCAAAAAAAUGAAUGAAGAACUAUCGCUAAAAUGAAUUGUCUUAUUCAAAAUUGUCUUAUUAUUGUUAGAAAAAAAUACGUAUUGUAGUAACUUUGGCGGGCAUUACGGUGUAUUUUGCGGGCUAAAAUGACUGUAAAUUUGCCGGGCUGAAAUAUAUUUUAGCUCGCUGAUCUAAGCCAAUCAGAAGAAGGAAUGAAGUGUUUACGCAUCAGUAUAUAAUUCAGUUUUUAUAUAAAAAAAUUGCCCUUCAAAGUUAAGAUAAUAGUAAUAGUCAUACAGUUGAUGUUCUUGGGCAUAAAUGUGUGUUUGCCCGCGAACAUCAACUCUAUUGUUAUAUUAUAUUCUGUGUGAAAUGCUCCAUACACUGUAAAUUCAAAAGGGUCAAAACGAUCUGGAAAUAGUACGGUAUGAGUGGACAAAAUAAAAGAUUAUGAGUAUUGUGAGUUGUGUUCUAAGAAAAGACCUUAAAUUUCAAUGAUAAUAAAUGACAGAAAAUACGCAUUUACUCGC